CAUGACGUUGGUGUUUGAAUAAACAAAGUCAAGUUGCAUACGGGCAGCGAAUUGGGUUCAACAAACACGAAUGAGCUGAAGAUAUCGCCGAACAUGUCGCUACCAUCUCUUCUCGAGCUUUGUCUCGUCUCGACUCGUCUCACUUGGCGACAGUUUACCAAGACUUGAAAACGCGAAUAUGAGCUCACACGCCAUCUUGAAAGAGGAUGAAAGUCAGCACUUCUCGCCGUACAGAGCGGACGGAAAGCUGUAUGGCUUCGUCUGUAUUGUGACGGGCGCAACACAGGCAAUUGGCAAGGCCAUUGUUCACGAGUUGGCUGCCCACGGCGCCGCUUGCAUCUACGCUUGCUCCGACUUGCCCUCGGAUCCAUACCAAGAACUCGCCGACGAGGUCAACGCACUAUGGCCAAACACAAAGGUCAUUGGCUACCCAUACGGAUUGAAAGAGGAGGAUACUCUGACCCUCAUUGAUGAUGUCUUGAAUUCAUGGGGUCGUCUCGACGUCUUUGUUACAUCCUCCGGUCUCCUAGGCCCUGCCUCGAUCGCCCAAACCGCACCCGCAGAUCUCUACAAGACCUUUGAGACCAACAGCAUGGCCCCUUUCUUCGCAUUGAAGUACGCACCCCCCGCAAUGGCAAAAACAACACCCAAGGGCAACUACCCAAACGCCGCUCCAAAGGACGUGGCAUAUGGCAGCAUUAUCGUCGUCAGCAGUGUCGCCAGCACCUACGGCGGCUGCUGGGGUCCCGCCUUCACAAUGUCCUCUCACGCCGCCCUCGGAGUAGUGCACUCAGGUGUCGCAGUGCUCAAAGGCAGCAAUGUGCGCAUCAACGCCAUCAGCCCUGGUCAAAUUGACGUGGGUGUUAGUUUGCAAGGCAUGGAUAUGAGGGGGAUGAGCAAUCAAUUGCCACCAUCGGAUUUGCAGAGUGAAGAAGUUAGGAGGAAGAUUAUAGGAUUGGAGAGGGCGGGGACUGCUAAGGAGGUUGCGAGGGUGGCGGGCUUUCUGGCGAGUGGAUUUAGUAGCUAUGUUACUGGAGCCAAUAUGGUGGUUGAUGGUGGAGCUUCGGUUAUGAAUCCGCUUACUGUGCCUAUCUAGAGUAUGGUAUCUAUGUUAUAAAAACAUCCGAUAGCGAUUACACUUAUAGCACAGGGAAUCUGGUUACAUCACUGC